AAAAAUAACGUUUGCAAAGCAGUAAUUAUAGUCUGCAAAUGAUGUGUUGUUGUUGAAUGUCGGUGCUGUCUAGAGCGGGAGGCAGGGUGCAGGUAAAAAGGUGUCUAAUGCUUAAGCCAAAAAUAAACAGAAGGUGAGUGCCCCUAAUAAAAGGCAUUAAAGCUUAGAGGCCUACUGAAACCCACUACUACCGACCACGCAGUCUGAUAGUUUAUUAAUCAAUGAUGAAAUAUUAACAUUGCAACACAUGCUAAUACGGCCUUUUUAGUUUACUAAAUUGCAAUUUUAAAUUUCCAGCGGAGUGUCGUGUUGAAAACGUCGCGGUAUGAUGACCCGUGCGUUUGACGUCUCGGGUUGUAGCGGAGAUUAUUUCCCAACCCGAUCCAAGCUAUAAGUAGUCUGCUUUAAUAACAUAAUUACACAGUAUUUUGGACAUCUGUGUUGAUGAAUCUUUUGCAAUUUUGUUCAAUUAAUAAUGGAGAAGUCAAAGUAGAAAUAUGGAGGUGGGAAAUUGUUAGCCUUUAGCCACACAAACACAAGGUGUUUCCUUGUUUAAAAUACCCGUAGGUGAAGCUUUACUAUGGAUCAGAGCGGUCAAGCGAACAUGUAUCCCGAACACAUGUCAACUGGCAGUUUUCGGUGAGAAAAUUGUGGUAGUAAGAAAGCUCUUACCGGAGACAUCAGCGGAGCUUGCGUCCUGCUGCAGCUGCGUGACUUCCCUCAGAGACACUGGCGUUCAACACACCCGUGGCCACACCCCUCCGACUUUCAGGCAGCAAGACGAGCGCACAGAUCUACUCCGCUCUUCACUAUUUGUAAAGGACUCCCUGAGUCCAGAAAGCUUGUGAGGACCCGAUCACCACCCGCUGAAAUGCAGCAUGGUGCAAAGGAAGCGGAUGUGCAGCUAGUUUGCGGUGCCCAGCAGGUAAAGAAAAGACAUCGGCGAUUGGUAUCCUUCUUUCUCAGUGACAGCGGGUCUCUGAAGCCAUGUCUGUUUUGAACUCCCUCCUCCCAUAAGACGAAAAGCUCACGAGCCGGCUGAUCAUAUGUUGUUACUUUUAAGACCCUGCAGGGCUUGAUCUGUGAGUGGCACAUCUUUGCAACCUAACAAAGCUUUGGGAGUCUAUUAAUGGAGGAAGAAUAUCUUGGCUCUCCUUGCGUGGAUUUGACGGCGCCUUUGCGUGACUCGUGGAACUCUAAUGAUCGCCAGCAUUUGAAGGGGGAGGCUAAUUCCAAGGAGGAGCAUGUCGACAAGUGGGAGGAGACGAUAUGGCUGCCGCGAACUCUGAACUGCACAACCGCCGCCGCGCUCUCCUUCGCCACGGUGCAGUGGGAGAUCCCUGACGCCGCCGCCGCAGAGAGGUGGGCUUUGGCAGCAGACGGCAGCGCGACCUGGGCGCCCGACUCUGUUACUUCUUGUUUGCCGUUGCACAAACCUCAUGAUGAUGAGGAGGAGGAAGUGGGUCGGAGAGAGGAACAAAAUGGCUCUGACUCAUCAGUGAACUCCAAGUGUGUGGGAAAUGACUUCAAGCCAUGUGAUGCUGCAGUCGGACGAGAGCCGAUGACACAACAAAGGGAACAUUCAACACAUCAGCCCCGCCUGAGCAGCCACGACGCCGCCGCGCUGAAGUCUGAUUCAGAGGAAGAGAGGGAAGACUGCAUCACAUCCGAUGCGGUUGCAAUAGUGGAUUUACGCCCAGAAGAACUACGGGAUGAUGCGCCGAUGACUGGACGCGCCGAUUCAGCAGGAGACAACCAAACUUCAUUUGAAGGCGGAAAGAUGGCGGAAGGGAGCAAAAAGUGUCCUGAGGAAUGCGUCACCAACCCUGUCAACGUGGAGGUCCCUACACGGCAACAAAAAACUGACAAUAAGGGACCAACUUGUGAGCUUACUAAGGACGUACGUCCUGCAGUAGCAACAAGUCAAGGAGCUUCAGUUCCUGGAGGUGAUUAUGCCGAGAUAUUAGAAACAUCUGUAGAGAUACAGACAGAAUCAAGUAAGUCCUCACAGAACAUUGGACUGCCAGAGCAGACCAAAACAAACAAUACAGCUUACUGUGAAGGCUCAGUCCACGUGGGACAGCUGCAUGGAUUAUACGAGGAAAAGGUUUCAAUUCUGCCUGUUGACUCUGAAGCGCAGCUGGAGGAGAACCGAACAGCUCAGCAAGCAUCAUCCUUGCCUCAGCACAAAGGUCCUACAGAGGCAAAAACGUCACACGAGGCCCAGGAGGUCAAAGGCGUUCUUAAUGGAUCCGUAACGGUACUUAUGGCAAGUGAGGAGACAAGCAGAAGGUCAGAGGAAGCGACGCCUUACAUGAAUGGCGGCGACGUGGACAGAGAGAGGGUGUGUUACCUCGCCCAACGCCUAUUUAAGCUGGAUGGGAUCCAGCGAGUGGAUGUGGUGAAGCACCUUGACAAAGAUAAUGCCUUCAGUCAUGCGGUUGGAGAGGAAUACCUCAAGUUCUUUGAUUUCACCGGGCAAACUCUGGAUCAAGCCCUGAGGUCUUUUUUAAAAGUGGUCAUCCUGCUGGGAGAGACCCAGGAGAGGGAGCGGGUGCUGCAGCACUUCGCCGGCCGCUUCCAUCAGUGCAACCCGGACUCCUUCUCCUCGCGAGAGUCUGUGUUGGCUCUCACAUGCGCUCUCAUGCUCCUCAACACAGACUUGCAUGGACAGAAUGUUGGAAAAGCCAUGUCCUCUUCCAAGUUUGUGUCCAACCUAGAUGGGAUGAACAAUGGAGAAAACUUCAGCAAAGAUCAGCUGAAAUGUCUGUACAACUCCAUCAAGAGCGAGCCUUUGCAGUGGGCGGUUGAUGAGGAGGAGCUGACGUUGGCGUUGACGGGGGAGGACGCACCCUUGCGGUCUAAGAGCAACCCCUUCCAGGACGUUCCCCAUGACAAGGAGGCGCCGGUAGUCAAGCAGGGUUUCUUUCAGAGGAAGAUCCAUGCCGACAUCGACGGAAAGCGAACCCCUUGGGGUAAAAGGCGCUGGAAGACAUUCUACGGCGUGUUGAAAGGAAUGGUCCUUUACUUACAGAAGGAUCACAGUAGGAAGGAGCAGCAGGCUAACGAGGAGGUGGUGAGUGUACAUCACUCGCUGGCCGAGCCAGCGGUCGACUACACAAAGAAGCCGUAUGUGUUCCGCCUGCAGACGGCCGACUGGAGGGUUUUCCUUUUUCAAGCUUCAUCCAAAAUGGAGAUGAUGUCGUGGAUCAACCGCGUUAACCUGGUAUCUGCUCUCCACUCCUCUCCUCCAUUCCCUGCUGCCGUCGGCUCCCAGAGGAGGUUUUGUAGGCCAAUCCUGCCCGCCUCGCAAUCCGCUCACACUCUGGAGCGCCAGCUGCAGUCUCACACCAGAAUGCUGGAGUCCUUCAAAGCUGACCUAUCGCAUCUUCAGGAGAACCUGCCGGAGGGCAAAAAGGGCAGAGGAAAGGAGAUGGAGGAGCAUCGUACCAGAGCGGAGUACCUGCAGCACGAGAUCUGUCGGUACGAGAGCUACACGUGCGUGCUGCUGGCCUGGAAAAGCGUCCAGAAGACUAGUGACGGCAGCGCCUUGAUCACCGCCGCCCUCGGCGCGUUCGACAAAGCCAUGUGCGCGUCCCCUCUGGUUGAGAAGGAUGAUGAGGAAAAAGGCUGUCUGACCAAAUCACACUCCAGCCCCUCCCUGGAGCUGGAGAUGACGCCGGUCAGCACCAUCAAAGUCAAGCGCAACAUUUCAGAAAGGUGGACUUACCGUAGGACCAUCACGCCUCGGCUGAAUAAGGACAGCAAUUUUGCAAGUAAUUCCUGAAAUGCUUUGAUAGCUAAUCCCAACCACACCUUUUUGUUUUUACCUCGUGCACUUUGACAAACACAAUUAAUCUCAGGAAUUCCCGAAUUCUCUCAGGAUGUGGAAGAACCUGAUAUUUCAUUUGUUGAGUGACCAAAAAUAUGUGGACCUGAUAGACACCUUUUUUUUAAUGUAACUUUGUGCUGUGUAGAAAUAGUCAAACAUGCCUACCUGGUUUGUGACCACUAGGGGGUGCUGGAAUACCGGACACCUUGAAGCCAAUAAGGUCGUUAUUGCACUUUGUCAUUUUUUAAAAUAAGUGUGUUAUUCCUAUGAAGGGUUUAUUUUGUACAUGUUAUAAAUGUGUCCAGUACUAAAGGUGUGUUUCAUUUUUUUAAUAUUAAUUUUGAAGACCAAACAAGUCAGAAUAUCUGCUGUGGAAAGGCUCCAGCCUCAAAAUGUGUCAAAAGAAAUACCGUACGAUGAAGGACUGAUCUUUAUUUCUCGUAAGAUUCUUUUCACCAAUGAAUUAAAAGGCUCUUGUAAUAUCUUGUAGAUAUUGCAUAAUUUC